UGUGGUUUGGCUAAUUCAGUUGUGAUAUUUAUUACUAUUAAUUUAUCCUUUUAAAAUGUCAAAUGUUUUUCCAUUACCAAAAUAUAAGCGAGAAUCCCGAAAUCUUACGCCAUUAAAAGAAAAUGUUGAAGAUGUAAAAACUCCAACUCAAUCUUCAUCCAAAAAAUACGCGCAUGUUCAACCGAAAGUGAAUUCUUUCUGGUCACCUGGAGACAUGCAUCGUGCUGGUGUCAAAAAGUUCUUUGAAAGAAAAGCGUCGCCAUCAACUUCCGCUUCAAAUUCUGCAUCAAGUUCGUUUACAGGUUCGCCCGAAAUCGACGAGAAAAAAGAUCAGAAAAAUAAACGUCGAUCGUUCCAAUAUCAAAUAUCAGGACCCGAUUUCACAGCAAAAUUAAACGAAUUGAAGAAAGGAGUUAUUACUAAAACUUCUACAAGAGAGAACCUUAGAGAGUUAGGGGAGUUAACUUCUUAUACACCAGAAUCAGAAAAGAAGUAAUGGAAAUUUUAAUAAGCGCAUUCCAUCACGUUUUCAAUUCAAAAUCAAUAAAUUUUGUAAGGUAAUCAAUCACUCAAGCUUUUUAUAAAUUGGUCGAGUAAAUCUUCAAGUAAAUUUUAUUCUAAUUUUAAUGAAGAUCUUGAAAUUGUGACACAUUUUUGUUGCUUUACAUUUGAGUUUGAGCUACUUUUAGGAUGCUCUGAUGACCGAGCCCGACGUUGUUUGUAACUUUUAUUUUGAAGAAUUGAUGGAAGAGUUUUUGAUGAACAUGCAUCGACAUCUUUAACAGGAGUUUCAUCAAAGUUAGUUAUGUUAUAUUUCUGGCAAAUUUUCUUCGUCAUGUCAGCGUAGUAGUCACUUGAAAACUUUUUUAAAUCUUUCUUCAAAUUCGUCAUUGCACAUCGAAUUGUACUGUGCAAUUCUGAUAAUUCAUUUUCAGACAACAUUUCAAUUCCGACUUUGGCAGCUUUAUGUAAUAAAGAGCCACAAUUAUUUCGACUCUGAGAUGAACUUCGAUUACAUGAACAAUUUUUCUCUGCUUGAUUUUUAGUAUUUUCGAGACAAGCGAUCUUCGUUUCUAAGAAAUUAAUUUUUUCUCUAAAGCAAGUGAUCAAAUCAACUUUUUCUAUCAAUAAAUCGUCGUAUUUUUGUUUGAAUUCCCUCAAACAUUUUUUCAACAAUUCGAUAUUUUCUUUUGAUUCU